UCCAAUCGAUCACUAGUUGCUGCCUUACGCCUUCAUGGCUUCAUUGUUAUCAACAUUUCUCAGCAAAUUGAAGAAGAAAAUUCGAUAAACUGUUGGUCGUUCGCUUUGAACAGCUGAUCACAGUAUCAUGGCUUCUGCUGCUGCUCCGUCAUCCUCCUCUUCUGCACUUUCUCAUGGCCGCUCUGAAUUGCUGUAAUUGUUUGCGCGCUCUGAAUUGCGCUGAUCGAAAAUAUCAUGAACGCUACUUCUUCAUCCUCAUCCUCCUCCUCUUCGUCACUUAUUCCUCCAAGAAAUAUGAUGUGUUUCUGAGUUUUAGAGGCGACGACACUCGCAGAAGCCUCACCAGCCAUCUCUAUACUGCACUAUGCCAAAGAGGAAUUCGAACCUACAUAGAUUAUCAACUCCCAAAAGGCGAUGACAUCUCGGACGCACUCAGAGAAGCAAUUCAGGAUUCAAGUAUAGCUGUGGUGAUCUUCUCUGAGAACUAUGCCUCCUCCAAAUGGUGUUUGAAUGAGCUCCUCCAGAUCCUCUGGUGUAGAGAGGUCCAGGACAGCUUGUUAUUCCUGUCUUCUAUCAAGUUGACCCAUCUCAUGUCCGCCAUCAGAGGGGAGCUUACAUGGAGGCGUUUGCAAAGCAUGAGAGAGACUUCAGGCUUCAUCAAGACAGCGUCAACAAGUGGAAGCAAGCUCUCUUUCUAGCUGCAAAUUUAGCUGGUUGGGAUUCUCGAACCUGUAGGUUUGAAGGAGUGGAGCGAAAAUAUCUUUGAAGUGGUGCCAUGUCGUACGGGACGAAUCAGAACUCGUUCAAAGCAUUGUCAACCAUGUGUUGCAAAACAUUGACCUCAGUUGUCCAAGUUCAGCACUGACAGGUCUUGUUGGAAUUGAUGAAAAUUGUGCCGAGAUCAGAAGGUUAUUGCAAAAGGUUCGAGUAAUUGGAAUUUGGGGGAUGGGUGGUAUAGGCAAAACAACCAUGGCUAGGGCUUUAUUUUCCAAACUCUCCUCCCAAUUUGAGAGUUAUUGCUUUUUGGAAAAUUUAAGAGAAGAGUCCGAAAAGCAUGGAUUGACAUUUGUACGUGAUAAGCUUCUCUUUCAGCUACUAAAGGAAGAAAGUUUAUAUCACAGACCACUUGAUGUUGCAGCAUGCGCCUUUGCUAUGAGAAGACUGAGUUGUAAAAAAGUCUUGAUAGUGCUUGAUGAUGUUAGUAGUUGGAAGCAGUUAGAAUAUUUAGCUCCGUAUUGUGAUUACUUGGGACCUAGCAGUAAAGUCAUCAUUACAACAAGGCAUAAGCAAUUGCUUAUAAGUGGAAGAGUUGAUGAAAUAUAUGAAGCCCAACCUGAGCUAUCACAAAUCUGUUGAGCUUUUCAACCUCAGAGCCUUUCACUCACACCAUCCACAAAUUGGAUAUGAAUCCCACUCACAAAGGGUUGUUGAUUAUGCAAAAGGCAUCCCAUUAGUUUUGGUAGCAUUGGGUGCAUUUCUUCAUUCCAAAACUACAAAGGAAUGGGAUAGUGCAUUGACAAAACUCAAAAAGAGUCCCAAUGAAGACAUUCUUGAAGUGUUCAGAUUGAGCUAUGAUGCAUUAAAUGAUGAAGAAAAGGAAAUGUUUCUUGAUAUAGCUUUCUUUUUGAAGGGUGAAAUCGAAGAACAUGUGAUAACUCUAUUAGAGAACUUUGGCUACCAUGCUAGAAUUGGAUUAAAAACCCUUGUCGAUAGCACUCUCAUAAAUCUAGAUGGUGUCACGGUCCGCAUGCAUGAUUUAAUACAAGAAAUGGGCUACGAAAUUGUUCGUCAGGAGUGUACUAAAGAACCUGAAAGACGAAGUAGAUUAUGUGAUUUAAAAGAAGUCUAUCACGUGUUAAAAAAUAAUAAGGGAACUGAUGCAAUUGAAGGCAUAGUAUUAGAUUUGUCUAAAAUUAGACAUUUACACUUAAGCACCGAUACCUUCAAAAAGAUGCCUAAUCUAAGAUUCCUAAAAUUCUAUUCCCCUACGGAUAGGAGAUCUUGUAAGGUGGACCUUUCUUUUGGCCUUGAAUCAUUACCUGAGCAAUUAAGGUACCUUCAAUGGGAUGAUUAUCCUUUGGAGUCUUUGCCAUCAUCAUUUUGUCCUGAGAAACUUGUUGAACUUCGCAUGGUAAAUAGCCAUGUUAAAAAACUUUGGGAUGGAGUACAGGAUUUUGUGAACUUAAAGAGGAUAAACCUUGUUGGGUGUAAGCAAUUGACAGAGCUACCUGAUUUUUCAAAGGCACAGAAUCUCGAAUCAAUGUAUCUCACAUCUUGUGAAAGUCUGUGUUAUGUUCACCCAUCUAUCUUAUGUUUACAAAGGCUUGUCAUUUUGGGUCUCGAUAAAUGCAUUAAAGUGAAGAAACUUCAUGGGGAGAAUCCUCUAAAAUCUCUCAAAGAAAUCUAUCUCAAUUGGUGCUUUAGUUUGACAGAAUUUUCUUUGUCAUCAGAAGAAAUGGCAAGAUUAGAACUAGAAACUACACGCAUUGAGAUAUUAGACUCAUCAAUUGGGCAUCUCAGUAAACUUAGACAGUUUAGUCUCAAUGGUUCAAGACUGAAAAGUCUUCCAAUAAACGAGCUAUGCUGUUUAAGAUCUCUAGAGGAGCUAUGCCUUUAUAAUUGUGAACAAGUAAUUGACAAAAUGAAGUUGCAUGAUCUGUUUGAUGCCCUGCGGUUUUUACAAAAAUUAUGUUUGGAUGGGUGUCGAAACUUAACUGAGCUACCUGACAAUAUCAAGCAUCUUUUGGGGCUAAAAGUUCUUUCUUUGAAGAAUUGUGAGAGGCUACAAUCUCUACCAGAGCUUCCACCAUCCAUUGAAGAAAUAGAUGCUACCAAUUGUUCAUCAUUAGAGACACUAGUCCUCACUUCUCAGAUGGGAUCUUCACUGUUGCCAGAGGAAGGGAUGAUGGCUUUAAUACCCUAUUCCUCAACUGGGUAUCUUACAAAACUGAGAAAGCUUCGCCUCAAUGUCUCAAGUCUGAAGAAUUUUUCAAUUGAGCAGCUAUGUUGCUUGAGAUCUCUCAAGGAGCUCUCUCUCUUUGAUUGCGGGGAAGUGAUUGACAAGUCAAAGUUGCGCAUGCUUUUUGAUGCCUUAUCCUCUUUGGUAGACCUUUAUUUGAAAGGUUGUAGUAACUUGAAUGAACUUCCCGACAACUUCAGCACCUUGUCAUCGUUAUAUGUACUGGGAUUGGACGGAAGCAAUGUAGAGUACUUGCCUUCUAGCAUCAAGUAUCUUUGGAAGCUAGACUACAUUUACCUGACCAAUUGUAGGACACUCCGGUCUCUACCAGAACUUCCUCCAUUCACUAAAUAUGUAAAAGCCACUAAUUGCUCAUCAUUGGAGGUUGCCUUCCCUUUAACAGCUUCUAGACCACGAAGGAAAUAUCUGGUGGAGUCCCUCUUUUUUGAGAAUUGCUUGAAGUUGGAGGAGCUUUCACUUUCUUGUAUUGAGGAAUAUGCUAAUUUAUCAUUGAAGCGAGUGGCAUAUCUCAAUCGAAUUGGUGCUUUUUGUUACCCAGGAAGCAAAAUUCCUGAGGCUGAGUGGUUUAGAUAUGAUCAGACAACCAAGGCUUCGAGUUUCGUAACCAUUGAACUUACUUCAGCAGUGAACAACUUGAUAGGCUUUGUUUUUUGCUCGGUUCUUUCUCCGUUCAUGUCAAAGUCAAAUUGUCAGAGUUACUUGAAAUGCCAAAUAUAUUUUGAAGAUGGUGAACAAGUCAAAGGCAAAGGUGAUGAUAUGCGGAUAGCAAAAUUAAAUUCGCAUCAUGUGUUUAUGUGGUAUGAUCCAAUCUACUCUGUUGGUAUUUUGAAUGAACUUAUAGAAAGAGAGGACGAUCAAGGCAGCAAGGCCAACCCGAAGCUUUCAUUUGAAUUUUCUGCAGUCACUUAUGAUGAGAAUUACAAGAUAACCAAACAUGAUGGGUUGAUAGAAGCAUGUGGAGUGUGUCCAAUAUAUGCUUCAGAAUAUCACAAUUUCCUUCAACAAAUAGAACUCGGGUCAAACAUGGGUGGCCAAAAAGUUGGUGGUCAUGGUAAUAAUGAUGAGCAUGCACUUUGUGGGAUUAUGGAAUAUGCUAGUCUUUCCUCAAAGAAGGCAAUUUAUGACAAUUUUGAAAGAAGCGUUGUUUCUUUCCCCAAACCCACAAUUCCGAAGUGGUUUAUUAAUCGCAGUUCAUCACCAUCUUCUUCCAUAUUUGUUUCCGUCAUUCCAGAUUUUGACGGCUUAUUGGGUUUCAUUUUCUGUUUUUUUAUUCCCCAAUUUUCAUCAAAAGAGAAGGAUUGGAGUCACUCGGGAUGCCGAUGCCGUUGGGGAGAAACUAUUAAUGAGGAAGAAGGAACAAUUUUGGAUCGAGGUUUUGAAGGCCCAAGAGGAUGGCAUUAUUCUAUGAUAGAAUUGAACUCAGAUAAUGUUUUCCUAUGGUAUGAUCCCCUCUUCUGUGAAUUGAUAAUAGAGGGAGUUAGAAGAAAAAGAGGCAAUGAUGAGGGAACCGGUAAUUAUAAUCCAAGGCUUUCAUUUCAAUUUGAGUUUGGUGAUGGUUUGAUCAAAGAAUGUGGAGUCCGCCCAUAUACGCCUCAGAAUAUAACGAUUUCCUUCAACUGAAGGAAUUGAAGACUAAGCAGGGCAUGAAGACAAAGAGGCCCCGGGAUACUUGUGAUGAUGGGGAUGAACAACUCACUCUAGCAAAAAAAUUGAAGGAAUCUUGUGUUGUUCAACCUGAGAAAAUUGACCAGUUACUACUCACACUAUCCGGAUUGAAUUUGGAAUCUCCGAGGGAUAGCACUUCACAUUAACAGGUUGCCUAGCAUUUCUUCAUUGUUUGACGGGGAACAGGUCUACAGCAAGGGCAGCUAUAAUGAUUGGUGGCGCAUAUUCAAGUGUUGUUUCCAAGAGCAUUAAUUUGCAGUAGGAGCACCUCCAAGAAUAAAUUCAAGUGCCAAAUCUCUGGGAAAUAAAAUCAGAAGCAGCAUUGAAGCUUCCAUAACUAUUCCCACUUGGUCCAGCAGUCCAGCUGCUGACAGAGCCAAUCUUUGAGAUCAAAAGGUCCUAUUGGUCUGUGUUCCACCUCUUGUAACAGAAAUCUCUGCUGACUUGACAGUAAGGAUUUGGAGCUACUUCACUCACUUAUCAUAACAUAGAGCAUAAUUCUAAUUUCUUUUACGUCUGUUAAGAUAUCUUCUUUUGGAAGGAGUUAAGGGUUCCUGUGGAUGCCGCAAGUAAAUUGUUGCAAAAACACAUUGGGACAAGACAAUCACUUGGUGGUGUUAUAAUUUCAGCGUGAAUCAAUCUUUGUGUAAUGGCUCUAAAAUCUGAAACAAUUUUAACUUCUUGGCGUGGCUGUUUUAAACAAUUGCUUGUGCAGCUUCCAAGGAUUGCUAGCUGUGUAAUCUAAUCACUUUUGAAUAUUAGUGUUAAUAUAAGUUGUUAAAGCAAAA